GGGUAUAUCCGGGGGAUGGACUUCGAAACCGAAAGUCAAAACGUCUCUUAAAUGAUGGGUCAUAUUUCGUAUUGAACUUUGUAUUGACUUUAUUUUUAAGCGAAUUCCUGUCUAAUCCCAGGCAAUUAUGAACAGAUUUUGUUUUAAGAUCAAAAUCCACUGAAUGCUUAUACUAAAAAUGGAGCCCAACGCGGAAGACGACCGGUAUUCGGAUGAGGAGAUGAGGAAGAAGCGACAAAGGCCACCCUCCAGUUAUGGUUCAAUGAAAAGUGACAGCGAUGACUUGAUGGAGGACACUGGUGCUUCGGGGGCAGAUGAAGAUGACCAAGAGGAAAGCAAAUGUGAUGAAGAAGUGGCUGGAGUUUUUAAUCGCCCUGGUCCUUUAUUACCCCGAGAAGCAGCUGUUUGUGAGGGGACAGGGUUGCAGAUGAAUCGUCCAGUUUCUCCAGAGACAGAGUACACCAUGACGACAAUGCAGACCAAACCACCUGGAGCAUUUGUCAUAGAGACCAGUGCUUCUGAUAUAGAGCAGUUAUCUGAAGCUGAAGAUGAAGAGGAUGAGGAUGAGGAAAUUUUGAUAACCAACUCACCUGAACCACCAGAGCCAGUCGAACUAGAAGUUGAACAGCCAAUGGAUAUGUACGGAUACCGGGUUGGAUUGCACCCUGAACAGGAUCUGCCUCAUGUUUUUAAGCAUAUACAGAAAGCCCUCACAGAUCUCAGCAAAGAUGAGCUUUACAAGUUUAAGCUGAACUUUCACCAACGACAGUCAGGUUUCACUCUUAAACAAAUGUUUGAGGGUGAUUUACUCGAUUUUGUGGAUAGGAUUAUUGAAAUGUUUGGCCAGGACCGUGCUCUUUUAAACACAAUAAGUGCCCUUGAUAACAUCACCAAGAACAAAGAAGCUGAAGAACUACGAGUGAGUUGCAAAAAAGCACUGAUUCGUUCUAGUCUGAAGCAAGAUAUAGUUAGAAAAUACAUGUACAUCUUUGAGGGAAUACCUCAACCAGGAAAACGCAGUCUUCUGGACGACGUCUAUGUUGAGCCAGAGAUAGUCCAUCUUGCUUGUGGAGGUGUUGGCGCUUCAGAUGAGUUGAGAUUUCCCCUUCAGUCACCGGUCCAGACUAUUCAGACUGACCAAAAUAUCCGAGUUUCCAAUCUGUUCCGAUUACAGAAGCCUGAUGGUCAGCCUGUACGUACUGUACUGACUUCAGGAAUUCCAGGUAUCGGCAUGACUGUGUCUGUAGGGAAAUUUUGUUAUGACUGGGCAGAACAUCGAGCCAAUAAGGAUUUGCAAUAUGUGAUCACACUACCGUUUAGUUCUUUGUGGAAUCUAAGAAACAAAACUCUUUCUGCUUCAAAUGAAAUGUCCAUCAUAGAUGUAAUAGAAUAUCAUCAUUCUUUGUGUAAAACUAAGAAAUAUCUAGAAGAUGAGAACCUCAAGUUUCUCAUCAUAAUGGACUCAUUUGAUUGUUACCAAACUGCACUGGACUGGAAGAAUUCUCCCAUCAUAAAGGAAAGCCACAUUCCUGCAAAAGUAGAUGAUUUGAUUGUGAAUCUUAUCAGAGGCACUCUCCUCCCCGGUGCUCAAGUGUGGAUUUUAGGUCGACGGGCCGCGGUCUCCCAGAUUCCAUCACAAUUUAUAGAUGCUGUAACUGAAGUCCAAGGAUUCAAUAAUGAGAUGAAAGAUGACUACUUGUCCAGACGCUUCAAAAAUGCGGAAAUGGGAUCUAACAUUGUAGAUCAUUAUAAAAAACUGCCCACACUCCACAUUCUAACCCGGCAGCCGUUCAUCUGCUGGAUGGUGGCCAGAAUCUUUGGUCAUAACUUUGAUAAAACACAAGAUUAUGGAAGCUAUCCCCCCAAACUGACCCAAUUCUAUGUAAACACCUUACUUAUCCAGACCAACCGCAGACUGCAGUUCUACUAUGAUAAGGCUGAAAAUAACCUGAAAUGGUCCAAUUCUGACAGGCAGAUGUUGAGGAACUUGGGGAAGAUGGCUCUGAAAAUGUUGGAGCAGAACUCUACUACGUUUGAUGAGAGGGACAUGAAAGAGCACAGUCUAGACGUCACUGAUGUUACAGUCUUUUCUGGCCUAUGUAGCGAGCUUCCCCCAACCUCUUCAGGAAAAAGAAGAUACAUUUUUAUACACUUAACUUAUCAGGAGUUCAUGGCUGCUUUGUAUGUCUUUACCGUUUUUCACGUGGAUUCCAAAAACGUUCUGGAGCAGAGUCGAGGCGUCCUUCAGGUGCCCACUUUCUUCACGUCCAAAACAGCAGCAGAAGUUGUGCAGUCUGCUAUAACACGGACUUUUAACUCGCCCCUGGGACAAUAUGACAUGUUUUUGAGAUUCCUAUGUGGCUUGCUUUCUCCCAACAACAACAAACUACUUAGUGGCAAUCUUUACAACCGCAGUAAUGAGAGGGCGAAUGGCCAUGAUGAGGUGAGGGUGUUGUUGGAGAGGACGCUACAAACUUGUCCAAGAGAUAGGAUGGAACACAUAAGAGAAUGUCUCAGAGAGCUAACCCAGGUCGAUGAUUAGUUGGUGGUGUACAACCAUAGACUGUAUACAAUAAUAAUAUUGUUUGUGAUAAAAAGGGUACACAAUUAUCAUUCAUGGGACAUUUUAUAUAAUCAUGAGAAUCACCAACAGAGGUAAUCAGUAUUUAUCUCCAGAAUGUGCAGAAAAAAAUGUACUUAUUCAUAAUCUUCUCCGCUAAAUUAUAGUUGUUCUUAUUGAUGAAGUACAAUUAUAUAAACAUUAUUAUGAAUAAGUUUCAUAUUUAAACAUUAAAAAUAUGAUGACAUUUUUAAACUGUCAACAACUUAAUUACCAUGAUAUAAUCGUUAAUCACAAUUAUUUUGGUCAUCAUGAUAAUAUAAUCGUAACACCAAAUUCCAAUAUCGUCCCAUGCCUGCUGUACAUAUUCUUUAUACAGUCUAUGUGUACAACACCUGGAGGCAAAUUCACUAUGUUACGCAUAUUUCUCUAUCCUUAAGUUAUUCUACAGGUGAAUGGGUUGAUGACAUACCGUAUUUUGUCUUUCAUUGAGUUUGCAGUUGUGUUUCAAGUGAGCUCACUAAUAUGUUUUUGGGGAGAUUAGAAAUAUGUUUUUAAGCAAUGCAAUACAAUUUUGCACACUUAUUGUUUACAAAAAAUAUGAAAAAUGUUUUUUGUCCCUUUUGUUAUGGAUGAAAAGAUACAAGCUGAUUGAAUUUUUCAUAACUUUAUAUAUUUUUUUUUGUGAUGCUAAGGAAAUGAGAGGUAGGGAGAAACAGUCAUGUGUUUGUUGCCAUUAUAACCCGGUUUAGACUACUAAUAAAUUGGUUU